UCCCUAAGCAUUCGCGGACCAGCGAGCUCUGCAUAGAGUCCAACGCAAUUCUCCCAUCGCGGUGGGAGACUUUUUUUGAAGAAACUACAGUUUUAGCUCAUCGUCUGUCUUACUGUGGUUGCAGAGAGGUGUCGGUUGUGUAGAAGAAAUUAUCCGCAGACGAGUUAUUGGUCCGGAAAAGCCGAAUCAUUUUAUGCCUUUCUCGCUUCACCGAAGUUCUCCGCUGUCAAACACGCCCAUGGGAACAGAAGUGGCCCUGUUACAACUGCGUCUGUUAAACUAGGCUUAAUAAAUUCACCGGGACGUUUCUAACGACAGAAUAGCAUGAUGGUGUUGCUGUUGUUUUAUCUCUUCUCCCAAGCAUCAUCAGAGAAUCACGCUCUGACGGUUUUCGUCACCGCAUCUUCGGGGCUGUCAAACAUUCUGGAUGUUCAGAUUUAUACUAUGGUUGAUGAUAAUUCAGACGCUUUUUGCGACGGCAGCAACAAGACAGUGAAAGCGAACUCUGACUGGGUGAAGGCAUUUUUCCAUGACAACCACGAGCUGCUAGAGUUCUACCGAAACCAGUGUUUUGAACAUUUGCCAAACUUGUUUCGAGGCAUGAUCGCUGUUUUGAAUGAGAAUUUCAAACAACCAGAAGGAAACCAUAUUUUACAGAUGAUAUUAUCCUGUGCCUUGGAUGAGGAGACCCAGAACGUCAAGGCUGUUUUACAGUUUGGUUAUAACGCAGAAGACUUCAUGAUUCUGAAUUUAGACAAUCUGACAUGGGUUGCGCUACAACCACAAGCUAUCUCAAUUAAAGUUGCGUGGAACGCUGAUAUUGCUGGACUAAUGUUCCAUAGGAAGCUUCUCACCCAGAUGUGCCCCCAGUGGCUUAAAGGAUCAUUGGACAUAAUGAAGAGCAUUCCACCAAGAACGGAUCAUCCCUCCUUGUCUCUGCUGCAAAGAUUGCCUUUUUCUCCAGUCAGCUGCCACGCUACAGGUUUCUAUCCAAACAGAGCCCUUUUGUUUUGGAGGAAAGAUGGGGAAGAGAUUCAUGAGAAUGUGGAUCAUGGAGAGAUCCUUCCAAACAAUGAUGGGACCUUCCAGAUGAGGGUUUACCUGAACAUUUCCUCAAUCAGUCCUGAAGACUGGAGGAGGUACGACUGUGUGUUUCAGCUUAUUGCCAAAGAGGAAAAAAUCAUUAAAUUGGAUGAAGCAAGUAUUAGAACCAACAGAGAGAGGACCAGUAACAUAACCAUCCCCAUCAUAGCUACUGUGAUUACUUUUGUUCUGGUUUCCAUUGCUGCUGCUGCUGGAUAUGUGCUCUAUAAAAGGAACACAGCUCAUGGCACUGGCUUUGAAGUGAUUUCAGUGACCUGAUAAACAAUCCAUUAACUGAUGUUUGAAUUCAUUAUAAUUUCUUUCUAUGAAGUGUUGAAUUGUUUUUCACAUACGAAUGAGUAAGUGAACCCAAAUUUGUACGUUUGCCCAAGCCCAUUUAUUUAUCAAACAAUAGAACCAGUUCAAGUCAAACUUGUUUGAUCCAAUUGAACUAAAUCACUUCUUAUAAACUAAUACUCCAUAUAUUUGUUACUAAAGGGAGAAAACAACAACCUUUGUCUUUGGAAAAUGUAUUUUUAAAGCAAGUUUCUACAUUCAGGGUUGAAUUUGGUGUCAGAUACGAUGUCAGCUUCUCAAAAGUGUAGUGGUGUUUCUUAGUCCCUACCUGGCACU